GACAUCGUCAUCGAAGUCUUCAAGUUGGUGCGGGAGCAGACAGGCUCGCCGGUGCAGGUGGGGGUGGAUGUGGUGUUGCCCGCCAGUGCAGUGGUCUCACCAAAGGCAGACCAAGCAGUGAAGACUGCGCAGAGUGUGCUGUUGGGAACGGCAAGCUCAGUCCCAAUUUCCACCGGAAUCCACGUCCACCAGCUCGUCAAGGAUGUGAAGUGGCUUUGUGCUGACGCGAGGGUGGCUUCGGCAGUCAUAGCAUCCAGCGAGGGCUUGGAGCUUCUGAGUGUGAAUGAGCCAAGGCUUGCGAAGCUGAUGGCAGAGGAAAUGCCACUCGAGAAAGCCAAGGAGUACCUCCAGCACAUCCACGCCAAGGGCUACACGGAAGAGAUGCUCAAGAACAUCCCGCGAACCUUCGAGAGCCUUCAACAGUUCAAGAUAGCACAGGACAAAGAUGCAUUUUGCAAGAAGGAGAUGGAGGAGUGGAUGAUGAAAGUAGAGGAAUCUCAAGAGCACUGCUCCCACGACGGCAAGGAUGGAGGUCUCAGGGCUGCGAAGGUUCUCUACAGCAAAGCGCUUGUUGGAGCAGUCGACUACAGGGACAUUCGCCAGCACUGCAAAGAUGUGCAGAACUUCAUGGCGAAUUUCGUGAGACCCAACCUCUUCACCCCCACACCAGGUGCGAAGUACAAGUUCCAAUUCAAUUGUGUAGCCGAGGCAGCGAAGACUGUGUUCGGCCUGUAG